CCGUGUGGUGCCCCGGGCAGCUGCAGUUCGAUCACGGCUCCUUUUGGCCGCGGGGCUCUCGCCACCGCCCGGGUUCGGUUCUGCGCUUCUCCUGCCAGGGCGGGUUCGAGCUGCGGGGACCCCGCGAGCGGCGCUGCGGGCCCGGGGGGCGCUGGGAGGGGCCGCACCCCGUCUGCGACGAUGGAACCGGUGACUGCCCCGCCCCCGCCGUUCCCCCCGGUGCCUCCAUGGAGGGUCCCCGCUCCCGAUUUUCGGUCGAAGGCUCCGUUCGCUUCCGCUGCUCCGAGGGUUUGCAGCUUUUGGGCUCCGCCGAGCGCCGCUGCCUCGAGGGAGGGACCUGGAGCGGCUCCGAGCCGCGCUGCCGAGACCCAAAUUCCUUCGACUCCCCCGAGGAUGUGGCUGAAGCUUUUCUCGCAUCCCUGACCCAGACCGUGGAGGCGGCCGAGGCCAAUCGGAGCCACGACCCCACUGUGAAGCGGCGGAUCCGGCUGGAGGCGGGCGGGGCUCUGAACGUUUUUUUGGUGCUCGACGCUUCCCGCAGCGUCAGCGACCGCGACUACGAAGAGGCGCGGGACGCGCUGGUGGAGCUGGUGGAGAAGAUCGCCAGUUAUGGGGCCGCGCCCCGCUAUGGGGUGGUCACGUUCGGUUCGGAGGCGCGGAAAGUUCUGAGCCCAACGGAGCCGCGAGCGGCGGAGGCAGCGACGGUGAAAGAGAAACUGCGGGGGCUGCGGCUGCAGGGCCGGGCCAACAUGGGGGGGUCCCCGACGGUGCCGCUGCUGCAAAUUCGGGAAUUUCUGAGCAUCGGGAGAGACCCCCUGGACCCCCGCGAGGAAUUCCUGGAUGUUUACGUUUUUGGGUUGGGGGACAACGUCCACACCGAGACUUUGAACGCGUUGGCGUCGCACAAACCCCACGAGGAGCACGUGUUUGUGCUGGAGGGGAUGGAUCGGCUGCAGGAGACUUUUCACCGCAUGAUCGAUGAGAGCUCCACCCUGGACCUGUGCGGGGUCAGUCUGGAGUUCAGCGCGGCCGAAGAUCGGCAGAGAAACCCCUGGGAGGUGGCGAUCACCGUCACGGCUGGCUGUUGCUGCCCCCCCGCAAUGUUCCCAAUGACCCCUGUGACCCCUGACCCUUUAGUGACCCCAGUGACCCCGGGAUGA